AUGAAUUUCAGAGUACCCCUCUUCUCGGUUACUUUACUGUAUUACUGUGUGAUUUUGUUUUUCAAUGUCUCUCUUGUGCUGCUCAUUGUCUUGGAUGUAAACCUACAUGAACCUAUGUACAUUUUCCUGAGUAGCUUUUGCAUUAAUGCACUUUAUGGGUCCACAGGUUUCUACCCAAAAUUCCUUUCAGAUUUACUGUCGUCUUCUCAGACAAUCUCCCAUGAAGGAUGCCUUUUACAAGCUUUUAUCAUGUACUCAUCUGUCUGCUGCAAUUCAUCCAUUUUAGCUGUCAUGGCCUUUGACAGGUAUCUGGCUAUAUGUCGACCUCUGCACUACCACUCUUUCAUGAGUAAGAGGAGGCUCUCUCAGCUGGUGUGUUUCUCCUGGCUGACACCUUUAUGUAUUUUUGCCAUCAAUGUUGUGCUUACAGCAAGACUCAAGUUAUGUGGUACAAAGAUUCAGAGAGUCUUAUGUCUAAACUGGUUAAUUGUUAAACUUGCUUGCCCUGAAGCUGUUCCAAAUAACAUCAUACCAUAUGCAAUACUUGUCAUUUAUCUGUCUCAUUGGCUUUUCAUAAUUUGGACUUACAUGCAUCUUAUUAAAACAUGUGCGAGGUCCAGAGAUGACAGGUUAAAGUUUAUGCAGACCUGUGUACCCCACCUGACCUCUUUGAUCAUAUUUCUUAUUGUAAUGGCUAUUGAUCCAGUGUACAUGGAAUUUGGCUCCAGAGAUUUGUCUCAAACCCUUCAAAAUCUUUUUUCCAUCAAAUUUCUUAUCAUCCCUCCAGUUAUGAACCCUCUCAUUUAUGGAUUCAAAAUCACCAAAAUACGAAACAGGAUUUUGGGUUUAGGGAAAAUGUGA